GCAACUAAUUUGCAACGGAAAAAUGGUUUUCAUAACAAAAUUGGCUCGUGUGGGCGCACAGGCGGCUCGCCAGCUGCGUGCCACGCCUCUUGCAGCAUCACAGUGCCGCAGUUUUCACGCCAGCUGCAUGCUCGCCAAAGAACGCCGCUUCACAGACAAACACGAGUGGGUCGAGCUGCUGGACGCCAACAAAGCGGUUGUGGGAAUUUCAAGCUAUGCUCAGGAAGCGUUGGGCGACGUUGUCUUCGCCCAGCUGCCCGAGCCGGGCACCGAGCUCAAGCAGGACGACGAAUGCGGCGCCCUGGAGAGCGUGAAGGCUGCCAGCGAGGUUUACUCGCCGGUGAGCGGCAAGGUGACGGAGAAGAAUGCGGAGGUCGAGGAUACGCCGGCGCUGGUGAACAGCAGCUGCUACGAGAAGGGCUGGCUGUUCAAGGUCGAUCUCAAGAAUCCCGCUGAAUUCGAGAAACUCAUGACCGAGGAGCAGUACAAAUCAUUUCUUAGCAGCAGUUCCGAUCACUAGACGCUAAUCGGAAUAUUGCUGCUAACCAAACACGCCCGCUGUUAACUGUUAAUCUGCACCAAAACUCACGCACACACACAAACUCAUUCAUUUUCACACACACACACACGCAUACGCACAAUGUCCACGUUGUUGUUGCAUUUGGAUUUCGUUACGCUUUAAGAAUAAACUGAAAAGCCAAAUAUUACAC